UCCACCUCUACUCCACUCAUUAAUCUAACUUAGUAGCACCUGUCUGAGCUCUUUAAAGACACCUGUCCACCCUGCAGUCAUGCCACCUGUCAGUGUCCAUCAGUGCCGUCAGUGCUCAGUGCCACGUGCCAGUGCCCAUCAGUGCCACAUCAAUGCCACAUAUCAGUGCCCAUCUGAGCUGCCUUUCAGUGUCACCCAUCAAUGCCAAUCAGUGCCGCCUAUCAGUGCCGCCUAUCAGUGCCAGCCAGUGCUGCCUAUCAGUGCUAGUCAGUACCACCUACCAGUGCCAGUCAGUGCCGCCUAACAGUGCCAGUCAGAGCCGCCUAUCAGUGCCAUAUAUCAGUG